AUGGAUCAUCUUCAUCUCCCAUUGGUUGUUAUUGGAAGUGAUUACAACAAUGCUGCAGACACUGGGCUAGUUAGAAUUACAGCAACUCCUUUAUUAAUCAGUGGUCCUGCAGAUCCAAAUGACACUGUUAUCAGUAAUACUCCUACAUCAAUUACUGCUCCUACUACAUCAGUUACUGCUAGUAUAUCAACUGCUAUUAUUAAUAUUCCUACCACUACACCUCAAACUUCAGGAUUAUCAGGUGGUGCUAUUGCUGGUAUAGCAAUCAGUAUAAUAUUACUGAUACUAGUUAUAAUACUUAUCAUUAUUGUUUUACAAUGUCUUUACUUCAGGAAAAAAAAUAGAAAAUCUUCUUGUGAAAAAGAAGCAACUGCUUUAGGUAAUAUAUCAUCAAUUCCUUCAGUACCUAAUGAAGCAUAUGCAGCAGUUGAUUCAAUUGUUAAUGUACAAGAGAAUGUGGCAUAUUCUUUACCUGCAGGACACACCAUUACUGCAGCUAGUCCUCCUACUGGAUCAUCAACUGCUCCACCUGCUGUAUAUGAAACUAUUAAUUCUUAA